AUGACGUGUAAUGGACCCAAUAACUUUGAAGCGGGUGCCAGCUACAAUAGCGAGCCUGACCCAGAGCUGGCGAAAGAGUGCUCCCGACUGCAGACAUUUACCACGUUUCCAAAUUGUUGUCCCGUUUCCGUCUUGACUCUUGCCCGGGCCGGCUUCUUCUACACCGGAGAAGGGGACAGGGUCAAGUGCUUCAGCUGCCACGCAACUGUAGAAGGAUGGCAGCACGGUGACACGGCAGCCGGAAGGCACAAGGCCGUUUCCCCAAACUGCCCGUUUAUCAGCGGUGCGAACUGUCGGCGGAACGGCGCACAUUCUGCUCUCCCGAACGCUCAGCAGAGAGCUGGAGACCGCCUUGCAAGCGCCAGUUGGCAACAGUCUUCCGACCCCUCCUCUGACCUCUAUGCAGAUUAUCUGUUGAGGAGCGGGCAGGUGGUGGAUCUUUCAGGCAGCCUGUAUCCCAGGACCCUUGCCAUGUGUAGUGAAGAAGCCAGGCUGAAGUCUUUCCACAGCUGGCCCACCUCUGCUCCCGUGACGCCACCAGACUUAGCCAAGGCAGGUUUAUUUUACACUGGCGUUGCGGAUCAAGUCGAGUGCUUCUGUUGCGGAGGCAAACUGAAAAACUGGGAACCUUGUGACCAGGCUUGGUCAGAACAUAGACGUCACUUCCCGAGGUGUUUGUUUGUCCUUGGCCGCGAUGUUGAGAAUGUUGAAAGUGCUCCAACUCAGUCAAGCAGUGUGGAACUGGGUAGAAGUGAUGCACAUAAUGCCGGCUUUCCCAAAAACCCAUCUAUGGCAGUUUACGAGGCACGACUCAGGUCCUUUAUGACGUGGAGGUAUUUGGUUAGCAAGGAGCGGCUUGCUCAAGCAGGGUUUUAUAGCAUAGGUGAAGGUGAUAACGUUCUUUGCUUUCACUGUGGGGGCGGACUACGAGAGUGGAGGGCAGAUGACGAUCCUUGGGAGCAACACGCCCAGUGGUUUCCUGGAUGUAACUAUCUGCUUGAAGAAAAGGGACAAGAUUAUGUCAACAACGUUCAGUUAACUCAUUCACUUCAGGAUUCUACAGUGAGUGCGGCUUACAAGAAUUUCCCUGAUAAUCUCUUUUCAUCUGCUGUUUGCGCCGCAGAUGAGGAACUGUCACAGAACCGUUUGGUCCAGGAUGUGAUGCAGAUGGGUUUCAGCCUGGAUGAAAUCAGGAAAGCUGUGGAAAGGAAGCGCCACCUGUCCAUUGAACACUACACAUCCAUCGAGGCUCUGGUUGCAGAUUUAAUAAAUGCCCAGCGUGAAAAUAUAUGCAGUCUGCCCUGUGAGAGCACCCUGCAGAGAAGCCUCAGCACUGAAGAGCAGCUAAGACGCUUGCAAGAGGAGAAGCUGUGUAAAAUAUGUAUGGAUAAAACCAUCUCUGUGGUCCUUAUUCCUUGUGGGCACCUCGUCACUUGUAAAGAUUGUGCGGAAGCUAUUGAAAAAUGCCCCUUGUGUUGCAUGCUUAUCACAAAGAGGCAGAAGAUCUAUAUGUCCUGAUCGGGAUCA